AUGUGAGAUAAAUAUGAAGAAGAUAAACUAGAGCUUAUAAAGAACCCCCAAGAAGCUCUUGAAAAGGACGAUAAAGCCAAGUCGAAGAAGAGCAAGUGAGCACAGAGCGAGGAGGUCAUCAUCGGCAAGAGGUUCAAGAUUGAGGAAAAGAUCGGCUGUGGCACUCAUGGACAUGUCUUUAGUGGAAUCGACCUCAAAAAUUGUUCCUUUAUAGCAAUGAAAAUUGUACCACAGGCUCAACUUUCCACAUCAAGGUUUAAAAAUGAAAUCUUUAUAAUGAAAUAAGAUAUCAUCAGGGCCUAAAUCUCGCGGAUUUCCCAAGUUCAUUCAGAAAGGGAAAUGCAAUGACUACAAUUACUACAUUAUGCAGAAGUUAGGGAACUCUUUGAAGUUCGUAUCCAAACUUCUUAACAGAUUCACGCUGGAGAAUAUCUUAAUGCUUAGUCUUCAACUGAUUAACCGGUUGCAAGUUAUCCACUCAUACAACUAUAUUCAUGGGGAUAUAAAGCCAGCCAAUCUGAUGUUUGGAACUGGAAGGGGCUGGAACGUCCUAUAUGUAAUAGACUUUGGCCUAGCCAAGAAAGUUAGUAACUUUAGAGGCCCAAAUAUCCCUCUGCAUAUUUCAAGACCAGAAUGUGUAUCCCUCUCUGGAACCCCUAACUAUGCGAGUGUUAACCAACACUUGGGAUGGGAGGAGUGAUUCAAGAAAGAUGAUAUCGAAGGUGCUAUUUAUAUGCUUCUUCAUCUUCUAAAAGGAUCCUUACCUUGGGAAAACAUUAAAGUUGAAGAUAAAUUCUACACAAUUAUGAAAAGAAAACAAAAUUCUACAAAUGAGGAGUUAUGAGGGAAUCUCCCUGAUCCGAUCUUUGAGAUGGUCGACUACAUCAGGAAUAUGGCCAUUUUUGAACAGCCAGACUAUGACUAUAUCCGAGGCAAAAUAGCAGAGGCUGCUGAAGCAGAAAACAUUAAUCUACCUUUGGUAGAAUCAUUCCAUAAAUUCAACUGGGACUUCCGUGAAGGGAAGGAAAGUCAGCAUACAGAUGUUGUAGAAAAGCCUCAAUGAGACUAUAUUUAUGGCAACAAAUCCGUUUCUCAGCCUCCAAUUGACAAGUACAAGUAUGUUUCUCAGUACGAGACUAGCAAGAAAUCACUUGGAUUUGAGGAGUACAAAAACAAGCGUAAUAUGAUGAAACAAGCCAGGAGCAAGAGCAAGAUUCAUAAAGAUCUUAAAUCUGAUAUUCCAUCUCAAAAUAAGAAUCCAAAAUUAAGGCCGAUUAACAAAUCUACGACCACCAAGAGGAUCAGACAUAUCAAGUUCAGCUGGUGAGCUGACGAAAUUAUGGCUACAAUGAAUAAUGGAGAGUUGAUGAUCACGGAAAGUUAUCUAAGGAAGAGCAAGUCGCCUUCCUUUAACCACAAAUCUGAUUUUUUUGAUUUCAAGUAUAUCACCAAGAAGAAUUUCGAGGAAAAUAAAAUGGAAGAGGAAAAUUCUCAGAAGGAUGAAAACAAGUUACAAGUCACCCCAACCUUUCUUGAAUUCGAGGCUUUAGACAAAGAUGAAUUUAACAGUGAGCAAAGAGGGAUCUCGAUGCGCAAGCCAAAGUUGUUCCACCACAACCAUAACAACAUUAAGAGAGUGUGAUCUAAUCCCAACUAAUCAGCUGGAGAUUCUCCUUGAAAAUAUGUGGAUUUCAUUUUCUUUAAAGUAAUUUCUACUUGC